AUGGUUGUUGGUGAGUUCACUCCCGCACCAGAACAUCAACACCGACUCCUAUUUCCGACCGCACAAACCGACGAAAUGGGUGACGCCGACAUUACAACGAGUGCCUGGAGGCUUGUAGAGGUCGGCCGUGUGGUCCUCUUCAAUGAAGGCCAAUACGAGGGUCGUCUCGCUGUCAUUGUCGAGAUCAUCGACCACAAGCGUGUCCUCGUCGACGGUCCCACCGAGAAGGCACCUGUCCCCCGUCAGGAAGUCGCCCUCGCAAAACUCUCCCUCACACCCAUUGUCAUUCCCAAGCUUCCCCGCGCCAGCGGUGUAGGCCACGUUGCGAAGAAGUGGGAAGAGCACAAGGUCCAGCAGAAGUUUGACGACAGCGCAUGGGCAAAGAAGCGCGCGGCGCUCACCAAGAGACGGGCACUGAACGACUUUGAGCGCUUCAAGGUCAUGAAGUUGAGGAAGCAGGCCCGCCACGAGGUCCAGAAGACUUUUGCCAAGAUCCGCGCCAGUGCAAAGGCAUAG